UAGAUGAUGCAGCGUCCUUUUGGAGCAGAGUAGUCCUAUAAAAUGGGUUCAGAGUUGACUUUGGGCUACCCAUUUUGACCCUUGGAUAUGUGUAAAAUGUCCGGGUUUCAGGAUCUUAAAGAUUUAUCCAAACGGCGGCUGACAGAGCUGUCAGGGCAAACAACAACAUGUGAACACGAAGAAGAGCUUCACCGACAAGGAAAACAUCUGGGUGUGAUUUUAACAUCUGAAAUGAAGCUGCAGAGAGCAGUUUUUCCUGUUGAGGUCCAGCAGCUUUCAGUAAGUAAAGAAGAGGUUCUCCCUGAGAAGCAGGAGAGGAGCUUCAGUCUGAAUCAGGAAAUUACCAUCAAAGAGGAACCGGAGGAACUGUGGAGCAGUCAGGAGGGAGAUCAGCUUCAGGGGCCAGAGGAGGAUGAAAUCAUCGAGUUCACUUUUAUUCCUGUCCAUAUGGAGAGCGAAGAGGAUGAAGAAAAUCCUCAGUCCUCACGGACUCAUCACAGACAAACUGAACACAUGGAAACAGGAGCUGAUGAAGACGGCUACAGAGGAGCAGAGGGAGUCAGGUAUUUUGAUCCAGAGAGCAAUUUACAUCCAGAGAUUGAGGUAAAGACUGAAGACUCCUCUGAAGCUGAGACUGAUGACAGUGCUGAUUGGAGGGAGACAACAGAAGACCAGGCAGAUUUAAACUCAGUGGAAAACAUAAAGAAAAUGGGAAGAAAGACUGAUAAGAGAAAGAAAACAUAUACUUGCUCUGAGUGUGGUAGAAUAUUUAACUUCAAAAGUUAUCUAACGUACCAUAUGAGGACUCACACUGGAGAUGAGCCAUUCAGCUGCUCUGAGUGUGGGAAAAGAUUUAACAAAAAACAUCGUCUCACGGAUCAUGUGAGAAUUCACACAGGAGAGAAACCCUUCAGCUGUACUGAGUGUGAUAAAAAAUUUAGCCUUAAAGAAAAUCUGACAAGACAUAUGAGAACUCACACAGCAGAGAAACCCUUCAGCUGCUCUGAGUGUGGUAAAAGAUUUACCCAUCAAAGAUGUAUGAAACAGCACAUGAAAACCCACUCAGGGGAAAAACCGUUCAGCUGUUCUGUAUGUGGUAAAAGUUUUAGCAUCAAAUGUUAUCUGUCACAGCAUAUGAAAAUUCACACAGGAAAGAAGCCUAACAGUUAGGGUUGCAUGACUACAUAAUUUUUAAAUUCAAUAGUUAUGUGAUUAAAGUCAAAUAAUGAUGAUUAGUAAAGCAACAGAAGAAAGGGAGUACAUAGCAACAAGCAACAAUAUGUAUUUGCAAAACAUAAUCCAUUUGCUGCUGACCGUGGACAGCUUGCUCUCAUUUUCAAGAGAACAAACAACAUCAAUAAUGUGAGCUUCAGCUCCCAUUCAAGCACAACAGCAAAAAAUAUCAACAUUUAGGGAAGCAAAAAAGUACUGCUCUGUCACAGUUUAUGAUUUAUAAUUCUAGUUUGUAUGUUAGAAGCAAUCGACAUCAGUGUGAGCUUGCUGAAGGUUCACUUGGUGUUAUGUCGUUCUGUAGAUGGCCACAGAAAAAAAAAUCUUGCUCAUGAUUACCAACUUGUACUAGUGGCAGAAACGGCCAAGGACCUUCUGCAACUCUUUUCUAAUUGAACAAAUCUGUCCUGAUUGUGUGUCUACCAUUUCAGAGUUCCUACUCCAAGGUGGGAGAAUGCAGUGGUAACUAACAGUCACAGAUUUCUCUGACUGCUGUGGAGUGCUUGUACUGGAGGGCUUUUGUUGGGUUGAAAGAUGCAUUUACAUAUUUUGAAAGUUACAGUAGUAGUGUUUUUCUGGUAACACAUUCUAUGAAGCCUUACUCUAUAAUACAUUAUGACACAUUUUAAGCAUACUUAUCAUGCAUUAUUAUGCUCUCAUAGGUGCUCAUGGCUAUUUAUAAUAUGAGUGUGAAGCAGUCGGGUGAGGAUCAGCACCUCCUAGUUCAAGGCCAUGGUUCUCAGCCACUAAACGGUGGCAGUGCAUCUUUUUCCCAAGUGAAGGAGUUCAAGUAUCUCAGGGUCUUGAUCACAAAUGAGGGAAGAAUGGACUGUGAGGUUGACGGGCGGAUUAGUGUGUUGGCAGUUCUGCAGAUGUUGUACCAGACCAUUGUGGUAAUUAAGGAGCUGAGCUGGAAAGCAAAGCUUUCUGUUUACUGGUUGAUCUUUCUUCCAACCAUCACCUAUGGUCAUGGACUCUGGGUAAUGACUGAAAGAAUCAUGGGUUCAAGCAGUCUUAGCAAUAGGGUGAGGAGCUUUGACAUGCCGAGAGAGCUUGAAGUAGAACUGCUGCUCCUUCAAUUUGAAAGGAGCCAGUUGAAGGUGUAUGGGCAUCUGCUCAGGAUGCUUUCUGGACGCCUCCCUGGGGAGGUUUUUUUUUUGUUUUUUUUUGGCUGCGUCCAGCUGGGUGUAGACCCUUGGAUAAACCCUGGACUCACUGGAGGGAUUAUAUAUCUAAUCCAGCCUGGAAAUGCCAUUAAAUGUUGAUAGGGAAAGCUUUAUCUGGACUGACAUGCUUAGCCUGCUUCCACCAUGACCUGGCCCCAGAUAAAUGGAAUAAAAUAAAUGGAUGGCAUGUAAUGGUGUGCAUGUAGUUAUAAACAUUCAUAUUUAAUCAGAAUGCUUUAUAAAAAUGGUUAUUUCACACUGUAAGAUAUUUUAUUAUGACUUGAAAGGUUGGAUAUCAGUGCAACAUAUUUGCUGGCCAAUUGCUUUUUUUUGCAAAGAAGAGUGUAUUAAGAUUAAGAACUAGUUUUUUAAAUAUUGAAUAUAAAAAAGCCAUCCUUAAAUUGGCAACUGUCUUUUCUGGAAUGAUUUAAAGGAGACCUUAAAAACUUUAAUGUUUAAAGAGUAUUGUCUGUAGCUUUGAUUAAUAAGUGUGUAAAAUUUCAUCAUCAGAAAGUUUAAAUGCAUGCUGAAAUAAACAGCGUCUUUAUCGUUAUUGCAUCAACAUAAUCUUAAUAUUUUUUACUUUACUUCAAUUAUACAAUGGCUAUUUACAGUGACAUAAAACCAGGUUAUUAUGGAUUAAUGUGGGAUUUCCUCUUGUGAAACCAAUAAAGGAAUAUCGUAUCUUAUUUAUAAUACAGGGAUUACAUGACUCUACUAAGAGCAACUAAAGACCACUUACAGGGACUUAUUAUUAUCUAUUACAAUAGUUAUUAUAUCAUGCUAUAGAAUGAUUUUAAUUUGUUGUAAGUGUGAGCGUCUUGAUACAGUUAUCUUUAGAACUACAGCAAAUUUUGCACUGACACUCAGCCUUAAUAAAAUUCCUUAUGGAUUGUGAUAAUUAUUGUUAUAAACAUUGUGAAUAUUUAUGAACGCUUACAACUCCAUGCACACAGGAAAAGUGUGUUGAUAGUCCAUAAUAGACACUUGUGUUAUAAUGAUCACUGUUAUAAAUCAUUGUUAUUAUUCAAGAGUGUUUAUAACUAUGGUUAAACAGCAUCAUAUGUGCAUUAUAAUGCCUAUAAGCAUAUAUAUGAUGUUUUAUAGGGGUAGGCUUCAUAGAAAGUAUUACCCUCUCUUUAUAGUACAAAGUCACGUCGACUAGUUGACUCAGCUUUACAGCCCAUACCCCCAUCUGCUAAGUGUUGCAAUAUAUUUGGUGCAUGGUAAAGAAACCCCCCAGAACAUGUCCAAAAUGUUCACAUCCCAUGUAAACCAGAUGUCUUAUAUGAAGCAAAUGUUCCUACUUUGGGCCACAGAGUUAAACAGCUAAUAUUAAGAAAUAUUUUUGUCCACUCUCAAUUUCAUCAAUAGCUUUGAAUUCUGUAGUAAUACAAAGUAGUGAUUGUAGUGCGCCUUGUUGACUUGAAACAUAGCAUUUUUGGUCUAAAGAUGUUAUGAUGCCUUAAAUAAUUGUUGAAUGUUGUGUGCACUGAAUGACUAUUUCCCUUUCCUUUUGAAUAUGAUGUGCAUGUUUAAUUUGCUUGUAUUUUACACACAUAAGGUUGUUUUGGAUUUGGAUUGUUAAACCAGUCUACUGGAAGAAUGACUUUUCAAAUGAACCCAUGAAUCAUGAUUUACGUUAAUGUUCUGUCAUUUUUUUUCUUCUUCAUGUUUCUACAUGCAGCCAUAGUGUCAUAGUGAGACAACACCUCCCUCUCUCUCAGUUCUGUUAUCUAUCUAUUUUUUUUUCAAUAUAAGUUUAAACAAUUUUUUUUUUCCAAUUUUCCUUUGUCUUAACAUUUUUGACUGCUGGGUUUUUCUCUGUUUAAAUAAUUUACUGUUAUUCUUUAACUUGUACCCGAAAGUGACUUUUUGAAUUAAUGUAGACUGGCUAUCAAAAUUCAUUUAUUUAUUUCUACAAGCAUAAAGCUCUGAGAUCCAUCAGAGCUCAGCUGUCCCCCACAGAAAUCUGCCUGCAGCAGCCGCCAUCCUCCAAAGAGACCCACAGGGCUGACUGCCCACAGUUAGCUCUACUAGUGUUAUGGUAAUUUUUCUCUGCUGCUGGUCAGAAAUGAAAUACAGACUUCUGCCAGCCGACAAAGCUUUUAUUUCUUUGCAAAGAAAGGUCAAUCAUCACACAAGCGGUCAGAAUGAAAAAAGACCCUGAACAUGGGGAGACUUAAACAUUUAUACCUGAGGAGUGCCCCCUAAGGUAUGCCUCCCACCCCCUCUGUCUGCUGUAGGAAUCCACACCAGGACAGGGCUUUGUAUCCAGGCGGGGGGUUUAAGAGGUCUAGAAAUCACACAAAAGGACCUUUUGAUUCAGUCAUGGCCCCAGGUUUUACGCCUACACAGGAACUGGCACAGUCACCUUUGCUGCUUCGUAGAAUAGAAGAGCAACAGUGGGGGGUGUUGGGGAAGGAGAUGAGACAAAGAAGCUAAAAUUCCAUUACACUAGCAAAAGUGAAACCAGUCAGCUGCAGUCUCUGAAUGCCCAGCUGAUUCCACUAGUCCAAUUAUAUCACUAUUAUGUAUAUACAUAAGGGACCCAUUUUAGAGUCCCCAAUCAGAAUUAAUUCUCACCUUCAGCUUCAUCACUGUGGUAUUACCGUCUCAUAUUAUCUCACUGUCAUUCAUUCUUUAAGGAUCUCAUUAUCUUACUUUCAUUAUUUGUCAUCAUUUUCAUUUCAGCUGUCCACUAUUUACUGAUGUUAUUAUUUUCACUAUUAUUACUUGUCAUUUUAUC